UGAUAUUAUUCAAUUUUUUGAUCAAAUAAGUACUGGUGAACAAAAGAAUCUUGAAUUUAGUUUUGCAGAAGCUAUAUAUCAAUGUGGUCGUCCAAUUGAGCUUGAACCAAUUGUUAAGCUUUUUAAAAAA